AUGCUCGACUCUCUGGUGAAAUUUGUGCGGGAGCAAUACCGCACCAAUGAGUUCAUUCCUCUGCAUGCGCCAAUAUUUGGUGGGAACGAAAAACGCUACGUUAACGAAACCAUAGAUUCGACGUUUGUUUCCAGCGUUGGUGCUUUUGUUGAUCGAUUCGAGCGAGACAUGGAAGCCUAUACCAGCAGUCCGCGAGCAGUGGCGACCGUCAACGGCACUGCGGCCUUGCACAUCGCCUUGAUGCUGGCCGGUGUCAAGGCCGGUGAUUUGGUGCUAACUCAGCCGCUCACCUUCGUGGCGACGUGUAAUGCCAUUGCGUAUUGCGGUGCCGACCCCGUGUUCAUUGAUGUCGACAAGCACACACUGGGGCUGUCUCCGGUAGCCAUGGAGCGCUGGCUGGAGGACUCUGCGUAUCUGGAUGACGAUGGCAUAUGCCGGGUCAAAAGUGACGGCAGGGUGAUUCGUGCUUGCCUGCCCAUGCAUACGUUUGGCCACCCUGUGGAGUUGGACUUGUUGAUUCAAGUUUGCGCGCGCUGGGGGAUGAUACUGGUCGAGGAUGCUGCCGAGUCCUUAGGUAGCCUCUAUAAAGGGCGUCACACAGGAACAUUUGGCGCUGUUGGUACAUUGAGUUUCAAUGGGAACAAAACCAUCACUACAGGUGGUGGUGGCAUGAUUUUGACUGAUGAGGCGCUGGGGGCACGGGCAAAGCAUCUGACCACCACUGCGAAAAAAGCUCACCCUUAUGAGUACGUCCAUGAUGAGGUGGGCUACAACUAUCGCUUGCCCAACCUCAACGCGGCUUUAGGAUGUGCUCAGCUUGAACAGUUAGACUCCUUUGUGGCCGCAAAGCGUUUUCUUGCGAGCCGUUACCAGUCAUUCUUAGAAGGUGGCCCUCUCCAGUUCGUUGUAGAACCCCAAGGGUGUCGUUCCAACUAUUGGCUUAAUGCAGUGAUCUGUGAGGACCUCAAGCAGCGCGACGAGUUGUUGGCUUUCAGCAAUCAGGCUGGUGUCAUGACGCGACCGAUAUGGAAGCUGAUGAGUCAUUUAGAGGCGUACUCUUCCUGCCUGCAAGGUGACUUGACCAAUGCGUUAUGGCUUGAGCAGCGGGUCGUGAAUUUGCCGAGUAGCGUUGUGCCGGAGUUGCAGGUUUGAAGCGUAGCGUUGCCGUUUUCACCGGCACGCGCGCCGAGUACGGUUUGCUCUAUUGGUUGAUGAAAGACAUUCAAGCCAGCGAGAGCAUGACGCUGCAAGUGAUUGUAAGUGGCAUGCACCUCUCGCCUGAGUUUGGUGAAACCUGGAAAGGUAUAGACGCCGACGGGUUCACCAUUGAUGCAAAAGUAGAAAUGCUUCUGUCUUCUGACACCGACGUUGGUGUUGUCAAGUCGAUGGGCCUCGGCACGCUGGGCUUUGCCGACGCGCUGGACCGGUUGCGGCCUGACAUCUUGAUUGUGCUGGGGGAUCGGUUUGAAGCGCUUGCAAUCGUGCAGGCGGCAUUGAUCAUGAAGAUUCCAGUUGCGCAUCUUCAUGGUGGCGAGAUUACCGAGGGUGCCUACGACGACGCGAUCCGACACGCUAUCACCAAGAUGGCAUUCUUCCACUUUGUAUCCACCGAACCGUAUCGGCAGCGUGUGAUUCAGAUGGGGGAGUCACCUGAGCGUGUGUUUAAUGUAGGUGCCGUGGGGCUGGAUCAUCUACUACGCAGUCCGCGAAUGACUCUAGACGAAUUGUCGCAGAGUCUGGACUUCAAGUUGGAUAGGCCGUUCCUGUUGGUGACUUAUCAUCCGGUUACUUUGUCCGAAGAAGAUCCGAUCCAAAGCUUUAACGCGUUGUUAUCGGCUCUUGAUCAGUUUCCAGGGCACAAGGUCAUUAUCACCUAUCCCAAUGCCGAUAAUGGGGGGCGCGCGAUAAUUCCCCUGCUGGAGGAGUACGCGCAGCGCAGCCCCGACCGCGUGAAAGCCAUACCUUCGCUCGGAUUUCGGCGAUAUCUCAGCGUGGUCGCUCUGGCUGACGCUGUUGUAGGCAACUCCUCGAGUGGCAUUAUCGAAGUACCAGCUUUUGGCGUACCGACGAUCAAUAUAGGUGCACGACAGGCCGGGCGUUUAUCCUCAGCCUCGGUUAUCAAUUGCUCGCCUGACGCCAAAUCCAUUGCGGGCGCAGUACACCUAGCACUGACUAACGUGUUCGCUGAAGCUUGCAAACAGGCGGUUAACCCCUACGGCGCCGGCGAUGCUGCGCGUUGCAUCGUGGACGUCCUCGAGCGUUUCAAUGGGGAAUACCACAAAUCAUUUCACGAUUUGAGCUAA